AUGUCAUUACCAUUAAAGUCUUUGACAAUUGAUUCAAACAGCAAGCAAUUAGAUUCCAAGCAAAAGAAAUUUCAUUCGAAUGUCCAAAGAGCUUUGGAGCAUUUUGAUUCUGUUACAGAGUGGGCAGAUUACAUUGCAAGCUUGGGAAAGUUAUUAAAAGCUCUUCAAAGUUGGAAACCACAAUUUAAUAAUGUAAAAUAUUAUGUUCCAUCUCCUUAUCAAGUUAGUAGACGAUUAACAUCCUCCUUAUCUCCAAAUUUACCAGCAGGUGUCCAUCAGAAAACAUUAGAAGUAUAUACUUUUAUUUUUACCAAAAUUGGCCAAGAUACUUUAGCAAAAGAAUGUAAUAUAUGGGUGCCUGGUAUUCUCCCUUUAAUGUCAUACGCGUCAAUGUCAGUGAAAUCUCAUUUGAUAGAGUUAUAUGAUUCACAUUUGGUUCAACUACCUAAAGAAACAUUAACGCUUUUGAUUAGACCUUUAUUAGCAAGUUUAUUACCUGGUAUUGAUGACGAAAGUAGUGAAUUUCAACCAUUAACUAUGAAUUUAAUAGAUCUAUUAAAGAAAAUUAAUAAUGAUUCAUUAUUUUGGCAAACUUGCUUCUUAAUUAUGAUAAAGAAUAAAGGUCGUAGACUUGGUGGGUUAGUUUGGCUUACCAAAAGAUUUCCAUCUUUGAACGCUGUGCCUCACUUACUUGCUGAACUGAAGAAGAAAAAUAAUGAAGGUGUUCCAGAAGAUAUAAGCAAAGAGGAAAAGACAUUUUCCGUUUUACUACCAGAAUCUAAAGACCUUGUUACCCCAGAUACGACCUUAUUGAUCCGUUGUUUGGUUUCUUCAUUAACUGAAGGUAAUGAUUUACUAAUUAAAAGAGGUGUUUUGGACUUGUUAUUACAAAGACUGCAUUUAGAUUCUCCAAUCUUACAAAAUAUAUCAACUAGAGAAGAUGUGAAACUCCUGAUUAUGACAACUUUGAAAACUACAUUAAGCAAAGAUAUGUCACUAAAUAGAAGAGUUUGGAAUUGGCUAUUGGGGUCAUCAACUUCUACAGGAAGGUCAUUCUCAGAAAAGGAAAGAAAUAAGACAUCUGAAGACAUUGAAUCAAAUGAAGGUACAUCCGACUUUUUUUCUAUGUUUGGACUGAGUAUUGUUAUAGAAGGCUUGAAAGAAUUAGUUAAUUCAGAAGAAACUGUAAAUAUUGCAUUUAAUAUUUGCUUAGCGGUUAUGGAUAGAUGGGAAAUUGGAUCAGCAAUAAUUCCUGAAAUGUUCAUUCCACUUCUUUUAGGCUCUCAACGUUUCUCUGAAAAUCAGCAAAUAUUAAAAGUCGCUGGAACGUUUUUUGAUGCUGUUGAAACCAAUAUAAUAUGGGGUAAAGUUUUCCAAUGGUUUAUGAGUACAAAAGACUUCGAAUUUUUGAAUUUUAUCCUUACUAGAUUUAACAUUUCUACAGAUGAAGAAAUUAUUGUUCGUCAUUUACCAAUGAUAUUACUAGCCUUGUUAUCAAUAUCAAAUAUAUCAGAUACUACAAUAGAAUUUAAAAAGGGAGCUUCUAACCGAUAUUCAAUCUGUCAGCAAUUAUUAGAUUCAAUUCCAGAAAGGGCAUAUUUACCUUUAACUCAUUCUACUUUAAAAUUUUCUGAUAAAACUACCAAUAAUAAUACAUUAGAAAAAAUUAUGGAUUAUUAUAUAAGUGUUUCUGAUCCAUCAAAAAUUCAGGAAUCUGAGAAGCUAAUAGAGUUAUCCUUACCAUUCUCAACGGAGAAUCUAUCUUUUUUGACAGUAAAGGCCAUCCAUACUAUAGUUCUUGAGAACCUAAAAAAUUCAUCCAGGGUAUAUGAGUCGUGUAAUAUUUUUAUUAGAAUCCUGGAUAAAAUUCCAACAAUGGAAAAUAACAAAAAGGAAAUUGCUGAAGAUUGGUCAACAGAUCAAUUAUUAAAUGGGGUUUCAGAAGCACUAACUUCUGCAACUAUCGAAGGUCAAGCAGUUUUUGGUAUACUUUCGUUGUAUAGCAAUUAUUUGGCUCAUAGAAUAGAUUUAAUUUCUUCCACAAAGCUAUUAAGGUCUAUUACAGUUGCUUUAUGGCCCUAUAUAGUUGGACCUCAUAAACAACUAAAGGCAGUUAAAGGAAUGCAGGCUUUAAUUCGUAAUAUACCAAUAGUUUAUGUCGAAGCUGCUUUAGCUCAUGCAUUUGUUCAAGAAUCAGAUAUAUCAAAACAAUUAAAGGCUAUUGAACUACUUUGGUCACAUUUUGAUAACGAUAGUGGUAUUCUUGCCAAACCACUUCAAUUAAUAUUAGAUGAACUUUUCGAUCAGAAUAACCCCCAUUACUUAUAUGUUUCUAAAUGGCUGCUUAAUCUAAAACAAUCUAAAACUAUUAAUAGAUUAUUCGAUCUUUUGGUAAAUCAAUUAAUUAAAUUCGACUUUUGGACAAGAGAUAGUUUGGUAGGGGAAGAUGAUAUGGAUGAAUUUACAUAUCGAAUUCAAAGUUUAUUAAAUGUAUUGGUAACAAAUGAAGGCCAAAUUAUCGAAGUAUUUUCUACUGAAUUAUCCAUUUCUCCAACAUUAUCCAUCUGGAAUAAAGAAGAUACUUCUACUUUUAAAAACCAUACUUUAUUAAUAAUUCUAAAAUUUUUAGAAAUGAAAAACAAUAACAAUGCUAGAAGUAUUAGAAGUGUAUUGUUGCUAUUAGACCAUCUGCUGAAUGGUACUGAAAUGAAUUUUAGAGUUAUUGUGAUCUCACUAUUACAAAUGUCAUCCAAUUAUGUGUCUCUUGGUGAUAUAGAUUCAGAAUCAAUGGCAGUUUCUUUAAUAAAUAUUGUUUCCAAAGUGUUACGCCUUUCCCAUGUUAAGGGUAUCAAAUUAGAUAUAUUUAAUGAUAAUACCACACAUUUAAAAUACAUUGAUUAUCUAGUUACGAGUAGCGCUACGAUGGAUACCCCAUUGAUACUUGCAUCAUAUGUGAAAUUACUAUCAGAAAGUGUUGUAUAUUUUGAAGAGUCUAUAUUUAGAAUGAUCCUUCCACUAACUGCGUCAAUGGUAAAUUGUUUACAAAAACUUUUUGAAGCAGAAAAGGUUAGUGGUGGAAACUAUCAGUCAAUUAUCCUUCUUUUUAAUGGUUUAGAAGAAUUGCUUGAUGUUGCUCAUGCAAGAUUGUUAGCAGAUCAACGAGAUGGUUAUCUAGCAACCAGUGGUUCAAGGGGUAGUGAUUUUCUUCAAUCAGUUGUUUCCAAUGUUUUUUCGACAGAUAACUCUCAGCUAUUAACUAAAAUCCAGGGUGAGCGUGAUGUGGUUAUUCAAUCAUUUAAACAAGUUAUUGAUUCUUGCAUUGAUGUUUGGUGUUGGAUUCAUUCAACUUUUGGCAACGAUAGUCGUGCUGUAAGUGAAACGGAAAGUCAUACUUCCUAUAAAUUAAAAUUCAGAACAAAAAGUUUAUUGGAAAAAUUAUUUUUAGCAGAACCUCUUGAAGUUCUUGAAGGAAUUAUUCAUGGACAUCAAAAUGAAACCGCAGUUGUUUUAAUUCGCGCCUUGGAUGGUAAUAGACCCAAAUUAACAGUUCCAUAUUUCUUAUACAGUAUUGUUGUGAGAUAUAACAAGAGUUCCACUAUUAAAUUUAAUAAUUUUACGACAAGUGCUAUGUCUGGAAACAGGAAUACCCGUUUCGAACCUACACUGUUAAAUAAAAUUUCAGGCCAAAAAAUUCUAGUAUUUUUAUUUGAUUAUAUUGAUACUUUAGAGAAUGCAAGUGUUGAAGAUUUUUAUAACGAAUUUAUUAUAUUCAUUAAAGAGGUGAUUAAUAAUUAUAGCAAUUACAAUCCAGUAGCAACAAAGAUAUUGAAAUUAUUUGCUCUAGUUUCAGAAAAAGUUUACAAAACUUCUUUUGCUGAACAAAAAACUGUUAAUAGAGAAAUAUCUGAAAAUUUCUUAAAAUACUUACCAACUGCUUUGUCUGAUCUACAGGAUAAGACAAUACCCCAAGCUGAGAAAUACGAUGAUUUAAUUUAUUUGCUUUCUCAAGCUCAGUAUGUUUCUAACGAUUCUGUUGGAAGUGAUAAGUAUAAUGGCAUACUAAGUAGUAUUGUAUCACAGUGCAUAAUACCGUUCAUUAGAGGGAAAAAUGAAGAAGUUAUCCCGACACAUGUUCUACAUAUGUGCAUUGAACUAUCCAAAACUGCAGAAAGAGUAAAAAUUUGGAAAAGUUUAAUAAAUGAAUUAUUUGAAGAUGACAAAAAAUUCUUCACAUUAGCAAAAUUAGAAGAAUGGAGGAUAUUAUUUGCAGAUUGGUGCCAGUAUCCUGACAAUAAAUCUCGUAUAUUAAAUGACUUACUUUUAUUGAUUGAUUCUAAAAACAAUAGUGUCACCCCUGUUUUAUUGAAUUUUAAUUCAUGGAACGUUUCUGAACUGGAAAAUAAAUGUAAGAAUAUUACCAGAAUUGCAUAUCUAGUCACAAUUUGCCCUGAUGAUUUUUUUAUUUUACAAUUUCAAUCUUUAAUUAAUUAUACUUGCCAGUAUUUAGUUUCUAAAGAAGUUGUAUUAAGGUCUAAGUGCUGGAUUUUACUAAGAGCAUUAUUAUUAAAAUUUUCAAUUUCUCAUUUUAAUGAUUAUUGGUCAUCUAUUGUUUAUUGUCUACAAACUAAUUUACAAGAAUUUUAUGAAGCUCUUCAAUUGCAAGGUUCAAUAGAUCAUACAUCCGUAUUUCAAACCUGUAAAUCUUUAGAUCUAAUUUUAGCUAUGAAUGUAGAGGAUUUCGAUGCAACAAAUGAAUGGCUAUUUAUUAUUGAUACCAUAAAUUGUCUAACCAAGACUGAACCAUAUAUGGCCCUCUCAGAUGAGAUAUGCGAAACUAAACCAUUUAAAGGAUUUAAACCAACAGAUAAUUCACUACAUUUGAAUGAGUACUUACCUUUACUAUCUAAUAUUCAUUCAAUUAAAACAUAUUCUGAAUUAGGAUCAUUUUUUAAAAAUAUCACAAUAAACAGUUACAAUACUAUGUUCCAAUUGAAGAGCCUCGAUUUAUCAAAAUGUAAAACUGAUCUACUUGAUGAUAUGUUACAAGAAUAA